AUGAUUCAGAAUUUGAAAAAGCCAGUUAAGGCAUUGCCAGGUAUGACUUCACUUUUGCAAAAGUUAAAAGAGGAAAGAGAAGCCAAACGGGCCCAGUUGGAUGGUAGACAUGACUACGUAUUGGGGGUUGUGGCCUCAUGUGUUGGAGUGGAGAAAGCUGAGGUUGAAGAUGCCAUUCUUGAGGGUUCCCAGAUUGAACGCAUAGAUUCAUUUUUUGCCAGUGGAGGACUUCCACAUCUUAUGUUUUAUUAUCAAGAAUUGGAACCAAAUGAAGCAGGGAGUAAUCCUAAUACAGGACGAGGCAAGAAACCAAAAAUAUUUGUAACUGAGGGGAAAGAUGUGGCACUCACUGGUGUUUGUAUAAUUUUUUUACGAGCUAGUACAUCCAAAGCAAUCACUAUAGACAAUGUACAUAAGGAAGUAAAUUUCAACGUCCUUGAUACUACUGACGUUGGGCUGUUGAAAGCUGUCGAACAUCUCCUCUCAGAAGUAUUUGUCCCUGUUUUGAAGAAAAUGAACGGUGGCUGGGGAGAGCUAAGCAGUCCUGAGGCAAGCAGUGUACGCCAGGACUUCCUAAGUUCAUUGGAUGGGUUUGUGAGUGUUUUGGCAAGUGCUCAGGAAAGUCUGAUGGAAAAAGUGAACUUGAAGGAAUGUGGAACCUUUGACCUGAAGCUUCUCAAAGGCCCGAUGGAUUAUUUGUCUGUAGCCAAUAACACUGAAGCAUUAGAAAAAAUUGAAACCUGUAUUAAAGUGUGGAUCAAACAAAUUGAGCAGGUCCUUGCUGAAAGUGAACAACUGCGUAAGGAAGCUGAUGACCUUGGGCCGCGCGCUGAAUUGGAUCACUGGAAGAAACGAAUGUCAAAAUUCAAUUAUCUGCUUGAUCAACUGAAGGGUCAGGAUGUAAAGGCAGUACUUGGAGUUCUUACAACAGCAAAAUCUAAAUUUCUUAAGACCUGGCGAGAUCUGGAUACUCGAAUCACUGAUGCCGCUAAUGAAGCUAAAGACAAUGUGAAGUACCUUUACACACUAGAGAAAUUUUGUGAUCCGUUAUACAACAGUGAUCCUGUUUCCAUGGUGGAAGCAAUCCCAGGCUUGAUCAAUGCAAUUCGAAUGAUUCAUAGCAUCUCCCGUUACUACAAUACUUCAGAAAAGAUUACCUCUUUAUUUGUAAAGGUGACCAAUCAGAUGAUAACAGCCUGCAAAACAUAUAUAACAAAUAAUGGCACAGCAACAAUUUGGGAUCAACCACAGGAAGUAGUAGUUAAAAAAUUGAACCUCUUUGCUUUCUUUCGUAUCUUGCAGGAAUAUCAACGCUGUUUUCAUAAAAUAAAACAAAAACUUGAACAAAACCCAGCAGAGCGACAGUUUGAUUUCAGUGAAAUGUAUAUCUUUGGCAAAUUUGAUACAUUUCAAAGGCGCCUGAAUAAGAUUAUUGGUAUAUUUAGUGCCAUAUCUGCAUACUCUGCUCUCCAGGAUUCCAAGAUUGAAGGACUAGAAGCACUGUCUGCUCAAUUUCAGAGUAUUGUUAUGGUUUUGAAGAAAAAACAAUACAACUUCCUAGAUCAGAGGAAAGCUGAUUUUGACCGAGAUUAUGAUGAGUUUUGUAAGCAGACUGAUGAUGUGCAUAGCCAGCUCAAGAUGUUUAUAGAAAGCACUGUUGAAAAAAUUAAGAAUACAGAACGAGCUUUGACAUUAUUGAAGAAGUUUGAAAGACUUGAGAUAUCAGAUCUUGCUAUAGAUGAAAAAUACCAGAAGGUUCUUCAAAAUUAUGGACAUGACAUUGAGAUGGUGUCUAAACUUUACACCAGACAAAAAAAUGAUCCCCCUGUUGCACGAGACAUGCCACCAAUAGCAGGGAAGAUUCUGUGGGCACGUCAGCUUUUCCAUAAGAUUCAUGAACCAAUGGAACUUUUUCAACAACAGCCAAACAUCCUGCAGACAGCAGAUGCCAAGCGCAUUGUCCGCAACUAUAACAGUGCAAAAGUUCUGCUGGAGUUCGAGGUGCUGUAUCAUCGAGGCUGGCUGAGACAGAUUGAAGUAGCAAAAGCAGGAUUGCAGGCAUCGUUGUUGGUGAAAGCCCCAGAGACAGGAGAACUGUUUGUGAACUUUGAUCCUCAAAUCCUAAUUUUAAUACGUGAAACUGAAUGCAUGGCCAAGAUGGGUCUUGAAAUUCCUCCAUUUGCCAAAGUAUUUCUUCAGAAACAAGAUAUCCAAAAGAACUAUAAUAGACUCCAGAUGACCUUAUCAGAAAACAAAAGAGUGAGAUCAAAAAUUCAAAGUUUUUUUGUGCAACUGAUGAGUCCUCAUUUAGUUAAAGUGGAUAAUGCAUUGCAGCCAGGCUUGACUUCUCUCAUGACUUCUUUAAACAUUGACAAAUUCCUGAAAAGAAUUUCUGAAGCUUUAGGUGAAACUCGAACUCCUUUGAAUCGUGUAAAUGACUUGAUAGAAUUUCGCAUUGAUGCAGUACUUCAAGAUAUGAGCGCAAUACAGUUAUGUAAAUUACCUGAUGAAGAGCCUAUUUAUUGUGAUGAAUUUGUACAGGAAACCAAGGAACUAUGUGUGAAGGCUGCACAAGUGCUGCACAGUAAAAGUUCUUUAGUUGAGGAAGCAGCUAAUGAACUUAUAAACAUGUUACUUGAUUUGGAGUCUCUGGGUAAAGAAGAGGAGCAAAAAUUCAAAGGGAGCAGUAGAAAUGGACAACAUAAAGGACUUAGUGAUAAUGAAGCCGAAGAAAGAAACUGUGAAAAACGUUCCUUCUCUCAUAAUGCAAGCCACCAGAUGAGCAGUGGUCUCCCAUCUCCAUUAACAAGAAGGAAAAGGAAAGACUUGGAGUUAAUGGAAGAAGAAGCACGGGAACUGCUGUCCUACUUCAGCCACCGAAAUGUUGAUGCAUUGCUGAAGGUCACCCGCAACACUCUGGAGACAAUUCGUAAACGCAUUCAUUCAUCUUCACUCCUAUAUUUCAUAGAAAAUGACCAUUCCAAUAAACAGAAGCAGUCGAGCCACCCCAUCUUCAGAACUAAUAUUACAUUGUCUAUUCCUAAUAUAACCAUGAUACCUGCAUUGGAUGAAGUACAACAGGCUCUGAAUAAAACAGUGGAGUAUAUUGUUAGUGUCUCAAGAGGGGUUGGCCAAUGGAGUAAGGAAAGAAUUCCUAAGAAAAAAAUGAGUGAAAGGAAGAAUGUAGCAGUGAGGCGUGGCAGCAGAGACAGUGAUUGGGAAGAUGGAGUCACAGAAGCUGCAAUCAGAAGUGUUCUGGGUAGCAGUAUCUCUGAUAUUUCUGCAUCUGUGAACUUGCUAAUUCCUGUACAACCGAAGAACUACUACAAAUGUGUUUCUGAGAACAAGGAGAUCAUUAAACUUGGAUCUGUGCUUAGUACAGCUAUUAAUUCCACUAAAAAGGAGGUUCUUACUGCUCUGGAACAAUUUGCGUGUUACCACCACAUUUGGCAGAGAGAGAGGGAAGAGGCAAUUCGAGACUUCAUGAAAGGAAGUCCUCUGCUCUCUGAGUUUGAGUCACGGAUUCUUUACUAUAGGGAUUUGGAAUCAAAGAUCCAUUCUGAGCCAGAAUACAUUUGUGUUGGAGCAUUGGCUCUUUACACCGCUGAUCUUAAAAUGGCAUUAACUUCAGAAACCAAAGCAUGGAUGGCUGAUUUUGGUCAACACUGCAAUAAAAAAUAUCAGACUGAGAUGGAGAAUAUUUUCACAUUCAUAGAGGAAGUUAGCAAAAAACUGAAUCGACCUAUCCAGGACUUGGAUGAUAUCAGAAUAGCCAUGGCUGCACUCAAGGAAAUAAGAGAACAACAAAUUUCCAUUGAUUUCCAAGUGGGGCCCAUUGAGGAAUCCUAUGCAAUGUUAAAUAAACAUGAAUUGCUUGUGGCCAAGGAAGAGAUAGAGAAGGUGGACACUUUACGAUACGUUUGGGAAAAACUGUUAGUGCGGGCAAAUGAGAUUCAGAAUGAACUUGUUGCCUUGCAACCAAAUUUCAGAGGAGAACUGAUCAGCAAUGUGAAGAAAUUCAUUGAAGAUUGUAAUGAAUUUUAUGAAAAUUACGAAAAGGAAGGUCCAAUGGUUAUAGGCUUAGCACCACAGGAUGCCAGUGAUAGGCUCAUAAUUUUUCAGAAUCAAUUCGACAACCUGUUUCGGAAGUACAUCACGUACACAGGUGGUGAAGAACUGUUUGGUCUGCCCGUCACUGAAUAUCCUCAGUUGCUAGAAAUAAAGAAACAAUUGACUUUACUCCAGAAGCUAUACGGCUUGUACAAUAACGUGAUCAAUACUGUGAACAGUUACUAUGACAUCUUGUGGUCAGAGGUCAACAUCGAAAAAAUCAACAGUGAGCUUAUGGAAUUUCAGAUAAGGUGUCGCAAGCUUCCUCGUGCUUUGAAAGAAUGGCAAGCAUACCUGGACUUGAAGCAAACUGUUGAGGAUUUUAAUGAAUGCUGUCCACUGUUAGAGCACAUGUCCAACAAAGCUAUGAUGCUACGGCAUUGGAAGCGAAUUGCAGAAACCACAGGGCAUAGCUUUGACGUAGAAAGUGAAAUGUUCAAGUUGAGAAACAUUAUGGAAGCCUCAAUACUGAAAUACAAAGAAGAAAUUGAGGAUAUUUGCAUUAGUGCAGUGAAAGAGAAAGACAUUGAGCAGAAAUUAAAACAGGUUAUAGCAGAAUGGGAUGGCAAAACAUUCACUUUUGCCAGUUUCAAAACACGUGGUGAACUUCUGCUGAGAGGGGACAGUACAUCGGAAAUCAUUGCCAAUAUGGAGGACGGUUUGAUGGUCCUGGGUUCACUGAUGAGUAACAGGUACAAUACCCCAUUCAAGGCACAGAUUCAGAAAUGGGUUCACAAUCUGUCUAACACAACUGAUAUUAUUGAGAACUGGAUGACUGUACAGAAUCUGUGGAUUUAUUUGGAGGCAGUUUUUGUAGGUGGAGAUAUUGCUAAACAACUCCCAAAGGAAGCCAAACGUUUUUCAAACAUUGACAAAUCCUGGGUGAAGAUCAUGACUCGGGCUCAUGAGACCCCAAAUGUGGUGCAUUGCUGUGUAGGCGAUGAAACCAUGGGACAACUUUUACCACAUUUACUAGAACAACUGGAAAUCUGUCAGAAGUCUUUGACAGGGUAUCUUGAAAAGAAAAGGCUGCUUUUUCCUCGGUUCUUUUUUGUAUCUGAUCCAGCCCUCCUUGAAAUCCUUGGUCAGGCUUCAGAUUCCCAUACCAUCCAAGCACACCUGCUGAAUGUUUUUGAUAACAUCAAAACUGUCCGCUUCCAUGACCGGGUGUAUGAUCGUAUUUUGGCUGUGUCUUCACGUGAGGGUGAAAUAAUUGAACUGGAUAAACCUGUUAUGGCAGAAGGAAAUGUAGAGGUCUGGCUAAAUGCUUUACUUUUGGAAUCUCAGAAAUCACUCCAUCUGGUCAUCCGUUCUGCAUCUAUGAGCAUUCAGGACACUACUUUCCAACUGACUGAGUUCCUUAAUUAUUAUCCAGCACAGGUUGGGUUGCUUGGAAUUCAAAUGAUUUGGACAAGAGAUUCUGAAGAAGCAUUAACCAAUGCCAAGUACGACCGAAAGAUUAUGCAACAAACCAAUCAAUCAUUCUUAGAAUUGCUGAAUACCUUAAUUGACAUGACAACGAAAGACUUGAGUGCUAUGGAUCGUGUGAAAUACGAGACUCUUAUCACUAUUCAUGUGCACCAGCGAGAUAUCUUUGAUGACCUGUGUCGUCUGCACGUCAAAAGUCGCACAGAUUUUGAAUGGCUGAAACAAUGCAGAUUUUAUUUUAAUGAGGACUCCGACAGGAUGCUAAUCAAUAUUACAGAUGUUGGAUUCGUGUAUCAGAAUGAGUUCCUGGGUUGCACAGACAGAUUGGUUAUAACGCCACUUACUGACAGAUGUUACAUAACUCUAGCUCAGGCACUUGGAAUGAGCAUGGGAGGAGCACCUGCUGGACCAGCAGGGACAGGCAAGACUGAAACUACCAAAGACAUGGGAAGGUGCCUUGGGAAAUAUGUGGUGGUUUUCAACUGCUCGGAUCAAAUGGAUUUUAGAGGUCUUGGCAGAAUCUUUAAAGGUCUAGCACAGUCUGGAUCCUGGGGUUGCUUUGAUGAAUUUAAUCGUAUUGACCUACCAGUUCUGUCAGUGGCUGCGCAGCAGAUUGCAAUAGUAUUGACAUGCAAAAAGGAACGCAAGAAAAGUUUCAUAUUUACCGAUGGAGAUUCUGUAGAAAUGAAUCCUGAAUUUGGAAUAUUUCUCACAAUGAACCCUGGCUAUGCUGGACGCCAAGAACUGCCUGAGAAUCUGAAGAUUAACUUCCGCUCUGUUGCAAUGAUGGUACCAGAUCGUCAGAUAAUUAUUCGUGUCAAGCUUGCUAGUUGUGGAUUUAUUGACAACAUAACUCUUGCCAGAAAGUUUUUCACCCUGUACAAAUUAUGUGAAGAGCAACUCUCUAAACAGGUGCAUUAUGAUUUUGGCCUACGUAACAUCCUGUCGGUGUUGCGAACACUUGGAGCUGCUAAACGAGCCAAUCCCAAUGAUACAGAGUCUACCAUUGUUAUGCGUGUACUUCGUGAUAUGAACUUGUCUAAACUGAUUGAUGAAGAUGAACCACUUUUCCUCAGUCUGAUUGAGGAUCUAUUUCCUGCUAUUCAGCUGGACAAAGCAGGCUACCCAGAACUGGAAGCUGCCAUAGACAAAAAGAUUGAAGAAGCAGGGCUUGUCAGUCAUCCUCCAUGGAAACUCAAAGUUAUUCAGCUGUUUGAGACACAAAGAGUAAGACAUGGAAUGAUGACAUUGGGACCCAGUGGAGCUGGUAAAACCACUUGUAUCCACACAUUGAUGAAAGCCAUGACUGAUUGUGGUCAACCACACCGUGAGAUGAGAAUGAAUCCAAAAGCCAUCACUGCCCCUCAAAUGUUUGGCCGGCUGGACGUAGCUACAAAUGACUGGACAGACGGUAUAUUUUCAACUUUGUGGAGAAAAACUCUUAGAGCAAAGAAGGGAGAACACAUCUGGAUUGUACUGGAUGGGCCCUGUUGAUGCCAUCUGGAUUGAAAUUUAAACUCAGUACUUGAUGAUAACAGAACACUUACUGCAAAUGGUGAUCGCAUUCCCAUGGCUGCAAACUGUAAAAUUGUAUUUGAGCCACACAACAUAGACAAUGCAUCACCUGCAACGGUUUCACGCAAUGGCAUGGUCUUCAUGAGUUCAUCAGUCUUGAACUUCAUCCCUGUUCUUGAGGGUUGGCUGAAGAAACGGUCUUUACAGGCAGCUGAGAUUCUACGAAAGUUAUUUACAGAAUCCUUUGCUGAGCUUUAUCGUUUUAGUAUCCAGUCACUGGAAUACAAGAUGGAAAUGCUGGGCUUUGUCAUUAUGCAAUGCAUUAACAUGCUUGAUGGGCUUAUUCCCCCAAAAGAGCAAAGUGGGGAAGUAACUCAUGAACAUUUGGAGAGAUUGUAUGCCUUCUGUCUCAUGUGGAGUGUUGGGGCCUUGCUUGAACUAGAGGACAGAAGGAAAAUGGAGCACUGGCUUCGAACUCAUGAGACUAUUCAUUUAGAUCUGCCAUCCAUCCCACCAGGGAGUGAGGACACAAUGUUUGACUAUGUGGUGGAUUUUGAUGGAAAAUGGCUCCAUUGGAAUACAAACAUAGAAGAAUACAUUUAUCCUACUGAUAGCAGUCCAGAAUAUGGCUCCAUCCUUGUGCCAAAUGUCGACAAUGUGAGGACAGAUUUUCUCAUUCACACAAUUGCUAAGCAAGGAAAGGCUGUGCUGCUGAUCGGUGAACAAGGGACAGCUAAAACUGUGGUUAUCAAGGGCUACAUGUCAAAAUAUGACCCUGAGUCUCACCUUGGCAAGAGUCUGAACUUUUCAUCAGCAACUACUCCCUUAAUGUUUCAGCGCACAAUUGAGUGUUAUGUUGAUAAACGGAUGGGAUCAACCUAUGGUCCACCUGCUGGGAAGAAGAUGUCUGUCUUCAUUGAUGAUAUUAACAUGCCUGUGAUUAAUGCUUGGGGAGAUCAGGUCACCAAUGAAAUAGUACGACAGCUAAUGGAACAAUGUGGUUUUUACAACCUUGAAAAACCAGGUGAAUUCACAAACAUUCUGGAUGUCCAGUUCCUUGCUGCAAUGAUCCACCCAGGAGGAGGCAGAAAUGACAUACCCCAGCGCCUGAAGAGACAUUUUUCAAUUUUUAAUUGCACAUUGCCUUCUAACUCCUCAAUUGAUAAGAUUUUUGGUGUUAUUGGAACUGGUCACUUCUGCCCUGAGCGGGGCUUCUGUGCAGAGGUGAGAGCUCUGGUAGCCAAGCUGGUACCAAUGACUCGGAAACUCUGGCAGAUGACAAAGGUGAAAAUGUUGCCUACACCAGCCAAGUUUCACUAUAUCUUUAACCUGAGAGAUCUUUCACGAAUUUGGCAGGGAAUGUUGAAUACCUGUUCCGAGGUUGUAAAUGAAGAAAGUGUGGCAUUAAAGUUGUGGAAGCAUGAAUGUAGAUGUGUUAUAGCUGAUCGAUUUACCACUCCAGAAGAUGUAGCUUGGUUUGACAAUGCAUUAGCCAAAGUAGUUGAGGUGGAGCUAAAGGAAGAAGCUCUAGCAACAGUUGACGUUGGUGUAAAUGCUUACUUUGUAGACUUCUUACGAGAUGCACCAGAGGCCACAGGAGAUGAGCCAGAAGAUACUGACUUUGAUAUGCCAAAAGUCUAUGAACCUAUUGGAAGUUUUGAUGAUCUAAAGAAUCGGCUAAAUAUGUUUUUACAACAGUACAAUGAAAGUAUCCGAGGAAUGGGAUUGGACAUGGUAUUUUUUAAGGAUGCCAUGACUCAUUUAGUUAAGAUUUCACGUAUUAUUCGUACACCUCGUGGGAAUGCAUUACUGGUUGGUGUCGGUGGAUCAGGCAAGCAAAGUUUAACUAAACUGGCAUCCUUCAUUGCUGGAUACAAGACAUUCCAAAUCACACUAACAAGAUCAUAUAACAGCUCUAACCUGAUGGAGGAUUUGAAGAUUUUGUAUAAAACUGCAGGUCAUCAAGGCAAGGGAAUCACCUUCAUCUUUACAGAUAAUGAGAUCAAAGAUGAGUCUUUCCUUGAAUAUAUGAACAAUGUUCUAUCAUCUGGCGAGGUCUCUAACCUUUUUGCUCGGGAUGAAUUAGAUGAAGUUACAAGUAAUCUGAUACCAGUAAUGAAGAAGGAAUAUCCUCGCAGGCCACCAACUGUUGAAAACUUGUAUGACUACUUCAUGACUAGAAUUCGUCAGAAUCUUCAUGUAGUGCUUUGCUUUUCACCAGUGGGAGAGAAAUUCCGAAAUCGAGCACUUAAGUUUCCAGCUCUCAUUUCAGGCUGCACAAUGGAUUGGUUCAGUCGUUGGCCCAAAGAUGCUCUCGUUGCUGUUUCUGAACACUUCCUGUCUUCUUUUGGAAUUGACUGCACCACUGAGGUCAAAAGGGAGGUGGUACAGUGCAUGGGAUUCUUCCAAGAUGGAGUGGCUGAGAAAUGUGUGGACUAUUUCCAAAGAUAUCGUCGAUCUACACAUGUGACACCAAAAUCCUAUCUCUCAUUCAUUCAGGGAUAUAAAGCAAUCUACAAAGAGAAGCACACUGAGGUCCAAACAUUAGCAAAUCGAAUGAAUACUGGCCUUCAGAAAUUGAAGGAGGCCUCAGAGUCAGUGGCAGCUCUAAGUAAAGAACUGGAAGUGAAAGAGCGAGAGCUACAAGUAGCCAAUGAAAAAGCUGAUAUGGUUUUAAAAGAGGUUACUGUGAAAGCUCAAGCUUCUGAGAAGGUAAAGGUAGAAGUCCAAAAAGUCAAGGAUAAAGCUCAGGCCAUAGUUGAUAGUAUAUCAGCAGACAAGGCCAUUGCAGAAGAGAAGCUGGAAGCUGCAAAACCUGCUCUGGAGGAGGCUGAGGCAGCUCUACAGACCAUUAAGCCAGCUGAUAUUGCCACAGUGCGUACGCUGGGUAGACCACCUCAUCUCAUUAUGCGCAUCAUGGACUGCGUACUGUUGCUGUUCCAACGAAAAGUGAACACUGUGAAAAUUGAUGUUGAGAGGAGUUGCACAAUACCUUCAUGGCAAGAGUCUUUGAAGCUCAUGACAGCAGGAAACUUCCUGCAAAAUCUUCAGCAAUUUCCUAAAGACACGAUUAAUGAGGAAGUUGUUGAUUUACUUCAGCCUUACUUUGAAAUGACUGACUACAAUAUUGAAACAGCCAAGAGAGUCUGUGGCAAUGUAGCAGGAAUUUGUUCCUGGACUAAGGCUAUGGCAUCCUUCUUUUCCAUUAACAAAGAAGUUUUACCACUAAAGGCUAAUUUGGCAAUCCAGGAAAAUCGAUUGGCCAAAGCCAUGUUAGAUCUCCAGAAGGCACAGGCAGAGCUGGAUGCCAAACAAGCAGAACUGGAUGUUGUACAAGCAGCAUAUGACAAGGCAAUGACAGAGAAGCAAGCACUGCUGGAGGAUGCUGAACGCUGCCGACAUAAGAUGCAGACUGCUUCCAGUCUGAUCAGUGGAUUGGCAGGUGAAAAGGAACGGUGGACUGAGCAAAGCAAGGAGUUCUCAGCACAGACCAAGCGGCUUGUGGGUGACGUAUUAUUGGCUACUGCAUUUUUAUCAUAUUCUGGCCCUUUUAACCAAGAGUUCCGUAAUUUGUUACUGAAAGAUUGGGAGAGAGAAAUGAAAACUCGCAAAAUUCCCUUUGCCAACAACCUCAAUCUUAUGGACAUGCUAAUUGACAUCCCAACAAUUGGUGAAUGGAACUUGCAAGGUUUACCAAAUGACGAGCUGUCUAUACAGAAUGGGAUCAUUGUUACUAAAGCAGCUCGUUAUCCUUUACUGAUUGAUCCACAAAACCAGGGCAAGAUAUGGAUAAAAAAUAAAGAGAUUACAAAUGAACUUCAGAUCACUUCUCUAAAUCACAAAUACUUCAGAAAUCACUUGGAGGAUGGGCUUUCUCUUGGAAGACCAGUGCUUAUUGAAGAUAUAGGAGAGGAACUGGACCCAGCACUAGACAAUGUCUUGGAGAAAGACUUCAUUAAAACAGGCUCUACAUACAAGGUGAAAUUGGGUGAUAAAGAAAUUGAUGUAAUGAAUGGAUUUAGGCUUUACAUCACCACAAAACUUCCAAAUCCAGCAUACACACCUGAGAUCAGUGCACGGACCUCCAUCAUUGACUUUACUGUCACCAUGAAGGGACUGGAGGACCAAUUACUGGGCCGGGUCAUUCUAACUGAAAAACAAGAACUGGAAAAGGAACGAACAGAUUUAAUGGAGGAUGUAACGUCAAAUAAGAGGAAGAUGAAGGAACUGGAAGACAAUCUAUUGUAUCGUCUGACGAGUACAAAGGGUUCCCUUGUGGAGGACGAAAGUCUUAUCACAGUCCUAAGCAGUACCAAAAAGACAGCCGAGGAGGUCACUCAAAAACUACAGAUAGCUGCGGAAACAGAGAUACAGAUUAAUGCUGCCCGUGAGGAAUACAGACCAGUGGCAACCAGAGGAAGUAUCCUGUAUUUCUCGAUUACAGAGAUGAGCAUGGUAAAUGUUAUGUAUCAAACCUCCUUACGCCAGUUCCUGGGGCUCUUUGACCUGUCAUUAGCCAGAUCCAUCAGGAGUCCCAUUACCAGUAAGAGAAUAGCAAAUAUCAUAGAGCAUAUGACCUAUGAAAUAUACAAGUAUGCAGCCCGUGGUCUGUAUGAGGAACACAAGUUUUUGUUCACUCUCCUGCUCACACUUAAAAUUGAUAUGCAGCGACACAGACUGAGGCAUGAGGAGUUCCUCACCCUUAUUAAAGGUGGUGCUUCAUUGGACCUUAAGGCUUGCCCUCCAAAACCUGGAAAGUGGAUUUUGGACAUGACCUGGUUAAACCUGGUGGAACUGAGUAAACUUGGGCAAUUUGCAGAUGUCUUAGACAAAAUUGGAAGAAAUGAGAAACUGUGGAAGAACUGGUUUGAUAAGGAAGCCCCUGAAGAAGAAGUUCUGCCAAAUGCUUAUGACCAGUGCUUGGACUGUUUUCAACGUCUUCUCCUGAUCAGAUCUUGGUGUCCUGAUAGAACCAUUGCUCAGGCUCGUAAGUACAUCAUGGAUGCAAUGGGAGAAAAAUAUGCAGAAGGAGUCAUCCUGGACGUGGAAAAGACUUGGGAGGAAUCAGAUAGAUACACUCCACUUAUCUGUUUUCUAUCAAUGGGCUCAGAUCCCACAGAUUCCAUCAUAGCUCUGGGCAAAAGGGUCAAGAUAGAGACACGUUGCGUCUCAAUGGGUCAGGGACAAGAGGUCCAUGCUCGGAAACUACUCCAGCAGUCUAUGACCAAUGGUGGUUGGGCUUUGCUCCAGAAUUGUCACUUGGGUCUCGAUUUCUUGGAUGAAUUAAUGGACAUCAUUACAGAAACAGAAAAUAUCCAUGAAACUUUCCGACUAUGGAUGACCACAGAAGCUCAUAAGUUAUUCCCAAUAGCACUUCUCCAAAUGUCAAUUAAAUUUACCAAUGAGCCUCCGCAGGGUCUACGGGCAGGUUUAAAAAGGACCUACUGUGGCAUUAGUCAAGAUCUGUUGGAUAUUAGUAGCAUGACUCAGUGGAAGCCCAUGCUCUAUGCAGUGGCUUUUUUACACUCAACAGUGCAAGAACGACGCAAGUAUGGACCUUUGGGUUGGAAUAUUCCAUAUGAAUUUAACCAGGCCGACUUUAAUGCUACAGUGCAGUUUGUUCAAAACCAUCUGGAUGACAUGGAUAUCAAGAAGGGUGUUUCUUGGACUACUGUGCGAUACAUGAUUGGUGAGAUCCAGUAUGGUGGGAGAGUCACAGAUGAUUAUGAUAAACGAUUGCUGAACAUAUUUGCCAAGGUCUGGUUCAGCGAAAAUAUGUUUGCUUCAGACUUCUGCUUCUACAAGGAUUACAGUAUUCCCAAAUGCACUUUAGUGGAUCAAUAUCUACAGUACAUUCAGAGUCUGCCUACAUAUGACACACCUGAAGUGUUUGGUCUGCACACCAAUGCUGAUAUUACUUACCAGAGCAAACUUGCCAAGGGUGUCUUAGAUACUAUGUUAAGCAUUCAGCCCAAGGACAGCUCGAGUGGAGGGGGAGAAACAAGAGAAUCUGUGGUAGGCCGGCUGGCUGAUGACAUGUUGGAGAAGCUUCCCAUGGACUACAUACCAUUUGAGGUGAAAGAAAAGCUGCAAAAGAUGGGACCAAUACAACCAAUGAACAUCUUCCUUCGUCAAGAAAUUGACAGAAUGCAACGAGUAAUUACUCUGGUGCGAAGUACUUUGAUUGACUUGAAACUUGCAAUUGAUGGAACAAUCAUUAUGAGCGAAAACCUUCGUGAUGCUUUAGACUGCAUGUAUGAUGCUAGAAUUCCAGCUCGAUGGAAAAAGAUAUCCUGGGAAUCGAGCACACUUGGUUUCUGGUUUACAGAAUUAUUGGAGAGAAAUCGUCAGUUCCAUUCCUGGAUCUUUGAAGGACGACCAAACUGUUUCUGGAUGACUGGCUUUUUUAAUCCUCAGGGAUUUUUAACAGCGAUGAGACAGGAAGUGACCCGUGCUCACAGAGGCUGGGCCCUGGACAGUGUAGUUCUGUGCAAUGAAGUCAGCAAAUGGAUGAAAGAUGACAUUACAACACCCCCUUCGGAGGGGGUUUACGUGCACGGGCUGUACCUGGAAGGAGCUGGAUGGGACAGACGCAAUUCAAAGCUCAUCGAGUCCAAACCUAAAGUGCUAUUCGAGCUGAUGCCAGUCGUACAUAUAUCUGCUCAGAAUAACUUAAGUCCAAAGGAUCCUCGAUUAUAUUCAUGCCCAAUCUACAAGAAGCCAGUCAGAACAGAUAUCAACUACACAGCUGCAGUAGAUCUCCGAACAGUUCAGCCCCCUGAAAAUUGGAUCUUACGAGGCGUAGCGCUUCUUUGUGAUGUCCAGUAAACAAGAUAGAGUACAGUGAACAUCACAGCACAGUAUAGGCCCUUUGGCCCACGACGUUGUGCUGACA